UCAACGGCAACAUUCAUUUUUCCAUUAGGAGGCUCCAACAAACUAUUGAAACCCAUGAUGUCAGAUGAUGUCAGAUGGAUAGACUCCUCACUCCACCUGUUUAACCAGCCCCACCCUGAGCCAUUUCUUCAAGUUUUAAGCAGCAGGGAACUUUGUGACCCAUACAAAGAAAGUUCAAGCUCAUCUCCUCCCAACAAGCAUGGCCUCAGGUUGGACUGAAGAGGAAAGCUUUGCCUGUCCAGUAUGUCUGGAAACCCUGAAGGAUCCAGCCACUCUACCCUGCGGACACUCAUACUGCUUGGCUUGUAUUCAGAGCCACUGGGACAAGGGGGGCAGCAAAGGUGAGUACACCUGCCCCCAGUGUAGGCAGGUGUUCAACCCUCGGCCCUCGCUGGCCAGGAGCACCCUGCUAGCAGAGGCUAUGGAGAAGCUGAGGACCAACAGCCUGAAGCAGCACUCCUUCACAGCUCCUUCCCCCGGCCCACCAUCCAUGCCGAUCUAUUUGGAGGUCCUGCCAGAUACAGUGCAACGAAAGGGCAGCGUGUACCCACAGCUUCCCUCUGUGGAGCCCAAACCCUGCCACCAACACGGCCGACCCCUGGACCUGUUUUGCCAUGACGACAGGGAGAGUGUGUGUGAGGUGUGUUGCCAGCAUGGACACAGGGGACACCGUGUCGUCAAACCGAAAGAGGAGAGAAAAGAAAGACAGAAAGAGCUUGUUCAGAUGCAGGCAGAGGUACAGAGGAGGCUCCAGGAGACUGACAGGAAGAUUAAGGAGCUCCCACAUUUUGCACGUCAACACAAGGCCUUGGUCCAGGCUCUAGAGAAGGAGAGCACAGAUUUAUUCAUGGAGCUAGCCAAGAACGUGAAUCUAACAGGCACCCAGGUCAGCGAGCUCCUCUCUACCCACGAGGCCUCUUUAGGCAGCCAGACUGAGGGGCAGCUCAACAGACUGGAGCAGCAGGUUGCACAGCUCAACUGGAAGAGUGAAGAGCUGAGCAGACUGGCUGACAUGCAGGACGAUGUCUGUUUCUUGAAGAACUUCCUCCUCAUGGAGCCGCUGGUUCAGACUGAUGCAACAGUGAUUGGGCAGGAGGAAACCAUGGUGGCGUCAGUCCGCUCCGUCAUGAAAGAACUGCAGGAGUCAGUUCAGGAUCUGUGCAAAGGCAGCCUGGAAAAAAUCAUCACAAUAGUGAAUAACCCCUUGGCUUUGACUACCAACGGACCGGAAGCAGCAGGCCCACUACCAGCGGGCCCAGUACCAGCGGGCCCACUACCAACAGGCCCAGUACCAGCAGGCCCGUUACCUGAAGGCCCGCUGCCAGCUCAGGUUCCUGCCCAAAGUACAGUGUAUGAAAUGAAAACAGACUCUCCACCCUUGCCACCUUUGCGACCUCAAGGGCCUCUGCCUUCAAGGUCUGGUGGUUCUGCUUACAUUCAAGCUUCAGCCCCACCUCCACCCUUGCCUGCUCCUCAUCGUCAAGCUUCUGUAUCAUCAGUGGGAUUUAUGAAUCCAGAACCAAAAACUCGAGAUGAACUCAUAAAAUUUCGUUUCGAACCAACCAUGGACCCCAACACAGUGUAUCGCCGCGUGCUGCUGUCAGAUGGCAAUCGUAAGGCAACAAUGCGGGCUGAGAACCUGAACCCACCAGACCAUCCUGAUCGAUUCCAGUUCUGGAGACAGGUUCUCUGCAAAGAGCCGCUGGGAGGGAGCCCUUAUUACUGGGAGGUGGAGUGGACUGGCCAGAAGGUCACCAUCGCAGUUUCCUACAAAGAGAUAGAACGCAAGAGUAAUGAUGACAAGAGCCGUUUGGGCCACAAUGAGCUGUCUUGGAGUCUGUACUGGUCUGGGAGUGGAUUUUACUUUUGGCACAAUAACCAGGAAAAACUGCUGGGUGCACCAAAGGCCAGACGGAUCGGCAUCUACCUGGACCAGCAUGCAGGGAUUCUGGCCUUUUACAGCAUCACCAAAAACCAGGCUAACCUCAUCCACAGACACCAGCAGCAGUUCAGUGGCCCUCUGUUCCCAGGAUUCAGAUUCUGGGCAGGAGUAGGUGCUACAGUGACUAUUUGCCAAUUAGACUGAUGUGCACAAGAGUAAUUAUCUGAUGUUUUUGAUUAAACAUGCUUAUCUGGCUGCAAGAAUGUAACAGCUUAAGGUUUUAAAAAGGAUGUUAAGGAUGUCUUCUUGCUCUGGAGAGAACUAGUUCAGUAAGUUCUUGUUUACAUAAUGAUUUCACACCAACCAUGAUUCAUAUAAUAUAAAUUAAUUUAAAUAUGUCUAAGUAAGUAAAUAAAAGAUUAAUAAACUUGCAACACAUGCC